AUGAAAUCUGCCAAUUUCAGUUGUGAGCAUUUGAGAAGUACUGAAACAUGCAUCACUAGUUCUUCUGCAGUUUUCAACAAUUUACCUGAUUUGCCAACUUAUAUAUGUGAUGAUAGUACCAGGAAAGAUUUAAUGGAAAUUACUUCAUUGGCAACAGACUCUACAAUUGCUGUCAAAGUGUCACCAACCAUGUAUUGUGUAUUUGGUAAACCUACAACAAAUAAUCCUUCUGGCUAUUGUCAUGUUAGGGUGACUGAUAAGGAAAUCCGAUGUUGUUCCAAGGAUUGUAAAACUAUAAUGGCUCGAGCAAAACAAUUGAAAUCACGAAAAAUAUGUACCCAUGUCCACAUUCUAUUAUGUCUAGGCAUCAUCAAGAAUGACGACAAUGGUGCUUCCAACACAUUAAGUUCUGAAUCUCCAAUUGCUAGCACUCAUAGUGAAAGCUCAGAACAUGUUGACAAUAACCCAUCAUCACAAGCACGUAAUGCGACAAUUGAACUGAACAUGAGGCACACACUUCCCUACUGUAUUCCUUCAAAUAUAGUUAAGCAGGCUGGUAAUAUAGACUCAAUCAAUGGCUGGCCAGACAUCUUUUAUCCUUCUGUUGAAAAUUGUCAAUUAUGCAACGGCAUUCUUGGCCCCUCGAAACCACAUCCUAGAACAAGAGGAAAUUCUGUUCUCAUAACUCACUUGAAUCCAUUCAAAGUUAUCAAAGUACAUGUCAAGAGUUGUUCUAAUUGCUUGGCAAUGCAUCAAGUUUUUCCAUACCAACUAGGUCUGUAUAUUUCAUUAUCAACUUAUUUCGGGAGGCUGUAAUGGUGAAGGUCUUGGUAAAUACAGGCUAAUUUUUAUCUAGUAUAAUCCUUUGGUUAUAAUUUCUAUGUUCUUUGUCUUUAAUAGGGUUAUUCAAUAUUUGUGACAAGGUUCUGGUGUCAUUUGACAUUUUGUUAGAAUGGAGGCAUCUUUUUCGUAAAGGGGUGCCAAUAUCUAUAGCAAUUCAGAGUAAACUUAAUGCAUUUGUUGAUAAAGUGGAGGUAAAAUUAUAAUGUUUGAAAUUAUCUAUUACUGCAGAGCUUCCAUUGACAAGUAAAAUCGUUUGGCAUUAAAAGUAAAAAGAAUAAGUAGGGUGCAUUGAGGCUCAGUGGGUUAAACUAUAGCAAUGCACAUGUACAUAUACACCUGAUAUUCAGUAGGAUAAACCUUUUAACUCUGCCUAACAUGCAGCAAAUAAUUUGUUAAUUUAAUGUCAGUGGCAGAAUAGUCUGAAAGUUAAAUGAGUUAUGGUACUGUACAUUAACCAGCCAUUUACUAGAAGUGAGCCUUAAUGUAUGGUACCGGUACCUACUUUGGUGCCUUAUGGUAUUGUUACUCUGUCUAACACCAGGUUAUUUUACUCCUCAGUGGGAGAGCAAUGCCAGUGGAUGAGUUAAUGGAAAUUUAUUUACAUGUACGGUAGCUGCAUAUUUGACAUCUAUAUUUAAUAUAUAAAUGUUAUGUCAUUUAAGGUAUCACCAGCAACUAAUGAACUUGAAAAUAUUGCCAACCAUCUGUACAAUGGGUUUUACUGCUUUGAAGCAAUAACAGAGAGAGACUUGGACUCUGUCUUAUGCGGAAUCUGUGGAAUAACAGGCGAAGUAUAUUUUGGUGAUGGUAAUGAAAAGAAUUGUUGUGACAUAAGUGAGGUUUGUUGAUUAUAUGAAAGUGUUUCUUCACUGGAUUCAUACAUACAUGUACAUGUAAUAGUACAAUAUAUUUUGGAUAUUUCAACUGCUUUUAUUGUUUUGUUAUUAUUUAACAGAUUGACUACAGCACCGCAGUUCCAGAUCAAUCUACAGAAGGCCCAAUUCCUUUAGAAGAUUUCUUAGGCAUGCUAAAGAGGCGCUGGAUUGAAUGUACUACCUACACCCGCUGUCAGAAAUUUAAUGUCAAUGUUUCUGAUGUUCCCCCAGUUAUGGCACCAGCAAUCAGAGGAAAUAUUAUAUACAACACUGAACAUGAAAAGAAUAGUGUUUUCUUAAAACAGUAUGGAAUGCCAAGUGAAGGUAGAUGUUAAUUAUUGCUUGUUUUAAUAAUCACCCCAUAUGUGAAUACAUGUAGUUAUAUAUAUUAUUUUUCUCUGUUGAGUAACUUGUGAAUAGCAGUACCUUUGUGAGGAAUCCAUCCACACUGGCACCUAAGAGUAGGAUUAGAACUGAGCUCUACCGAUCUUUUAUUUUGUAGAAAUUAGACCUGUGCUGUAUUGUAAACCAUACAGUGGCAUCAAUAUAAAGGCAUCGAUAGUGAAGUUAUAUUAUUCUUCAGCUUACCAGUGAAAGCAUUCAGUACAGUUUCUAUCCUGGCAUAUUUUUGUAUUUUGUUGUUUAAGGUGAUCCUGCUUUGCUGCAUCAGAUGAUCUAUAAUGAAGAUAUAAGUAUGACUGAGCUGAAAAACUACAGUGUAGAUGAACUGAGGGAAUUAUGUAGUUCAUGUGGGAUCAGUACAUCCCAGAAGUCACAGGCAAGUACAUCCCAGAAGUGGGAUCAGUAG